GAUUUUGUAUACGACAUAAUCGUACAGUCUCCCAUGGGAUCCAAACUCCGGCGACGUCUUACCCUCAAAUUCGAUGCGGAUGUCAAUAUCAUGUCGGACGAUAUGCAACAUAGACUGGGUACUGAGCUAAGACCCUAUCACGGAGGCCCCAUUUCAAUAACGGGACAGUCGCACAUGAUCCCUCUCGGAACUGUUGGUGUUUCAUGGGCAUUUUGUGGACAGACCAAGAUUUACAAAACCGAUUUCUAUGUUGUUCCGGAUAUGACCUAUGAUUUUCUCAUUGGCAGGCCAUCAAUGCGCAGUCACGAGCUGUAUCGAGUGGACCCAGAAAUCACCAGACGGUUGAACACAUUAUACCAGGGGCAA